AUGGAGGUUCAUGGGCGCUCUCUCGUCCUAUCUCCUGCUCGUGGGGCCAAUACCUUAGUUGCGGCCGCAGUGCUGAUCGCGUUCGCAUAUACUCUCUCCUUCAUGAUCACCUGUUUCCAGUAUGACCAACAGGACUAUCUGCUCCAUUCUGUCUUCCUUCCGUGUCUCGCAUGCGACUUGAUCGGACUGUUGAAUGUCCUCCUGAACAUCUUCGGCCGAGACCUGUUGCCUCUUGACCGUCUCGAGAUCGUGUGUAUCUCCCUCCCCAGCGCGUUUGCGUUCGUCUACGCCAUCGGCGCCCUGUGGAUCUGGGCGCAGCAGACCAUCGACGCGAUGCCCGACCAGGGCACCCCGCUGCUCACGGAGGAGGAACAACAGCGACAGCAGCUCCUCCGUCUGCUCCAGGAGGAUAACGGAUCGAAAAAGCGACGGAGUCGGAAAUCUGCGCAGAGUACCUUUUCGGUGCAUGUUCCGGAGCGCAUCAAUCCUGGGAAAGGUUGGAGUACCUUUAUCCCGACGCCAUCGCCUCGAGAGGAAGGGUAUUAUAGUUGA